AUGGACUACAAUAUUAAUAAUCGUAUCCAACAAUUGAAUCAACACUAUAUGAUGCUCUUAUUAAAACAGUAAUUUUGAAUAAUAUAAAGGAAUUUAGUUUCUGAAUUAAAUGCAGAUAGUAUUAAAAAAAUAGGAGUAAGUAGAGGAGCAAGAACAGAUCGAGGUGUACAUGCAUUAUGUAAUUAUGUCUCUUUGAAAUUGCAAAUUGAUUAAAAAUAUUGUUAAUCUAUGACUAAUAAUAAAUUAGUUGAUAAAUGGAAUAUUAAUUGGGAUCUUUUGAUUAAUGAAUUAAAUUCAUAAUUACCAACUGAUAUUAGAGUUAAUGGAAUUAAACAUGUAACUCAAUCUUUUAAUGUAAAAAAUUAAGCAGAUUAAAGAAUGUAUAAUUAUAUUUCACCUUAAUUUUCCACUAUGAAUGAUAUUUAGAAAAUAUGCUAAUAAUAUAUAGGAACACAUAACUUUCAUAAUUACACUUCAAAAAAAGAAUAUAAUGA